ACGAAUCAUGCUGCCUGACAACAGUGGGUGGCAGAAGGAAAUAGAAAAGGGGCCCUUAAACCAGACGUGAGAGUCCCUGGGGGCUGCAUGGUGACUUAGGAAACCAUAAACCCACAUUUUCUAUGUUCUCUUAGAUUUCUACUUAUUUUCAGUUUUUUCCAAUUACAUUUUAACCUGGCCGCCUGUUAGACACCUUUGCUCCGCAACAUCGAAGGAAACUACCUUGCCAAGGACAAAGGGCAGACGCAGUGAAAGCAGGCUGUAGAAGAUGCCAACUCUUUCUCAGGGCCACGUUUUGUCGAAUGGAACUUAAGAAAUCACUUUGGAGCUGGGUGAGCCUGGAGGCCAAUUAAGACCUCAUUAGAACAGUUCAGGUCUUGUAUCCCCUUUCCAUCCUUCCUUCCUUCCUUCCCUCCUGCUAUGAUGAUAAACCUGAUGAACCGAGGCCUGGAGUCCGCUGCCGUCCUUCCUGCGGUCACCAGUUGGGUGAAGCCAGGGGUCUGGGCUGGCACUGGGCACCUCCCCUCCCGCCAGCUCCAGGAGGUGCAGGCCUUCCUUAACCUUCUAGAGGACAGCUACCUACAGCAAUUCUUUGCCACCGAUCUAUGCUUUCAAAUCUCUGAUAAGUAUCUCUUGGCAAUGGCCCUGAUUUAUUUCCAAAGAGCUGGCCUGCAGCUCAGUGAAUAUACCCACAGCAACCUCUUCUUAGCCCUGUAUCUAGCCAAUGACAUGGAGGAAGACGGAGAGGACCCCAAGUAUGAGAUUCUGCCCUGGGCCCUGGGCCGGGGCUGGCGGAAGCUCGUGCCCAGCUUCCUUCGUCGGAGGGACCAGCUGUGGGCCCGGAUGGGCUACCGGGCAGCUGUGAGCCGGCACUGUUGUGAAGAGGUCAUGGCAAAGGAACCAUCCCACUGGGCCUGGACCAGGGAACGGCCUGCCCACCACGGGGGGGCUCGUCGAGGCUCCCCCCAGGGGGACCAGAGCUGUUCUGCCGUCAUGUCCCAUGUCUCAGAUCUCUCUCCACUGGGCUGCUCUGUCUGUGGCUGCUGGGUCCGGUGGGGCCAUUCUCCCUUUCCUCCCAAACAGCCAUCCCCCAAACAGAACUCCCUUAAACAGCGCCCCCCCCAGCAGCAGUCCCCCAAACGGCCUCCUCCAACUCGGUCCCUUCCUGCUCUUUCAUUGGCCCCUUGGCCCAGAAACUUUUUCCUCGUUCUCCCCCCAAUGCUGCAGCUAGAACCUGGGACCUACACUUUGCAGAUCCUGCCAGAGCUGGCUGCUGCCGCCUCCCCUGCUUCCUGGCAGUCAGGAUGAAGAGCAGUUGGGACCAGCCUGCCGGCCCCUCUCCGCAGUCGCCCUUGUGUGGGGUGACUGCCCUCCCUGGCUCCAGCUGGUGUCACUGCUGCCCUCCUCCUCCCUUCUCCCCUCCAGCCUCCCAGUGAUUAAGCAUCAGCCUUCCUUUCUUGACACAACAGGGGUCCU